AUGUCUAUUAUCUCCCGCAUCGCCUCAAGAAGCCUCUUGCAGUUCAAGAGGCCAGGCAUGGUGCCUAGAGCUGCACUUACUGUGCCUCAUUUCCAAACAAAUCAGCCUAAAAACUACUCUAGUAGACCAGUUGAUAAUUCAAAUGCUGCGCAAAGAAGGCCUAAAGUAUCGAUUAAAACCAUUCAGAGCUUGUACAGAAAGAAGGAAGCCAUCUCCAUGAUGACAGCACAAGAUUACCCUUCAGGCCUUGUUGUAGAUCAAUCUGGUAUUGAUAUGUGUCUUGUUGGAGACUCUUUGGCAAUGGUCAGCUUGGGCUUUGAUUCAACAAAUCCCCUUACAGUCGAGGACAUGCUACACCAUUGCCGAGCAGUUGCUAGAGGUGCAAAAGCACCGUUUAUUGUAGCAGAUUUACCCUAUGGAAGUUAUGAAGCCAGUCCUGAUGAUGCUGUGAGAGUCUCCCUCCGUUUCAUGAAGGAGGGCAAUUGCGAUGCCGUUAAAUUAGAAGGUGGUGUUGAAAUGGCAGAAACCAUUCAUAGAAUUACGAGAAUUGGAAUCCCCGUUUUGGCUCACAUUGGGCUUACACCACAAAGACAAUCUGCAUUAGGCGGCUUCAGAGUCCAAGGCAAGACAGCCAAACAGGCAAGUGCUUUGUUAAAGGACGCAUUUGCUGUCCAGGAGGCCGGUGCAUUUGGUGUGGUUCUUGAAGCUAUUCCAGCCGAAAUUGCCGGCUACAUUACACAACAAUUGAAGAUCCCAACCAUUGGUAUUGGUGCUGGUGUGCAUUGCUCAGGCCAAGUUUUAGUUCAAAACGAUGCUUUGGGUUUGUUUGACAAGUUUGUUCCAAAGUUUACAAAACAAUAUUGCAACUUGAAUCAAAUUAUCACAUCUGCUUUGAGAGAAUUUCAUGAAGAUGUCAAGACUGGAAGAUUCCCUGCUCCUCAAAACACGUAUCCUAUUGAUCCAAUCCAAUUAGAAAAGUUUUAUGCCAUUGAACGAGAGAGAACUGGUAUUCAUCACGACCAACGAGAGCAUGAGGAAGAGGAUAGAACUGUUCAUGCUACUAUGCUUUAA